AUGGGCUCCGCGGAGUCCAUGGCGGAGGCCAUCUCCAGCUGCGCCUAUUUCGACACCGCCAGUGAGGAGGUGCGGCCUCCCUGGGCGUUGGCACAGGCUGACAAGUUCGAGUACGAGGACUGCCCUUUCUGCAAGAUGCGCCGGUCCCACCUCUCCUGGCUCCGCACCGAGAUCAAGCGCUUGACCUCCGAGGUGGCUGCGGUGCAGACGAGCAUUCCUCCGAUCUUCCUUCCGGAGCUGCAGACACAUCUGCAGGCGGGGCUCCCGGCCUCUGGGUACACCGGGGGCGUGGACGACAUCGUGGCGAGCAGUUGCCCGCGGUGCCCCGAGCUGCGCCAGCAGGUGAUUGAAGUCCAGGAUGAGGCAAGGCAGCUAGACGCGCAGUGCAAGGCUCGGAUCGAGUUCCGUCGCGAGCAGGCUCGAAAGGUGGAGGAGCUGCUGAUUGCGAAGCGCGCCAUCGAGGCGAAGCUGAUGAGCAGCGGCGGGCGCAUGGACGACGGCCAGCUGUCGCUGAUCACCCGGGUGAACCUUGCCGACGAGGAUGCCAUGCUCACGGCAGCCAAGCAACCUCUUUGA